AGGUGUUACCUCUUUAAAUCCAACUUCCUCUGUGUCAUCUGGUCCUUUUCCUGGCGGAGCCUGUCUUGUGAGUCGCUGGCUAGAACACCUCAUCUGCCAGUUGGCUUGUAACGCUUUGAUCUCCACUUUGUUCCGAAUCCGAUCUCCACCAGCUUCUUCUGAACAAUAUGAUCUUGAGCUGAGUAUGAACGAACUUGAACUGACAAAUAAAGCGAUAUCUGAGGUCGGCCCUUCUUCAUGCCUCACUGAGCAUAGUAUCAAACAACUAGAAAUCGAUUUAAAUUAUUUUAUCAGCGUACUUGAAGACCUUGGUCUAAAUCCACCGGCUGGAUUACUUGCCUUCCGAGAACUGCUCAUUUGUCCGGCCGAAGAUUUCGCUUCUAUAAGUGCUGAUAAGCCAUUAAAAAUUGUGCAUUACGUAACGUCUCUUCGUGGCACAUAG